AAACACAGACUUGGGACUAAAGUGCUAGUGUAAACACAAAAAUAGAUAUUUGAACUAAAUUGAUUUUUUCCUGGACGAACAGCCUCGUUGCCACUGAUAUCAGUACUAGCCCUUCUGCUGUGAAUGUGAGGCUGCGUUAGUUCUGGAACUGCAAUUAUUUUGCACUGCAAGUUGUGAAGUAGCUUCCAACAGGGAUGGAACUUUAAAUUCGUGUCUUUCGACAUCAGCUUCGGUUAGAUUAAAGACAUUCAAUUUACAGUCCAGAGCUGCCCCCAGCUUCUAUUGUGAAAACACUUGGGCACUGGUUCCAUUCAUCAUUACUUUAAGGUUUCAAUGCUUCUAUGAUUGCAGAACAAGAAAGAAAGAGAUAAACAUUCAAUGAACUAACAACAAGAACCACCAAUGGAUCAAGAGAUAGAUGUCUGAACUCUCUAAAUGCAUUUUGAAUUUCAGAUGUUAUUCAUUCAUGAUGAAAAUGUGGAGCUUUAUUCCAGUUUGCUACCUCUUUACUGUUUGUGGAGGAAUGGCAAUGGCCUCUUCUAGUAGCAGCAUUGAAGUUGCAGUGGGAGAGAAAAUCCUGUUCUCUGUAAAUCUCCACGAGAAAGAUAACUAUAUGGUACAACUUUCUGGUCCACCAGACGUUUCAAUUGGAACAUGGACAAUUAACAAUUCAGUGAUACCACAGAAUAUACACCCCAACUAUAAAGACAGAGUCCAAUGGAAUAUGAAUGGUUCCCUGACAUUGGAAAAUGUUCAGAUCAAUGACAGUGCAAAAUAUACAAUGGAAAUCAACUUACUCAAUUACGAUACAAACAGUGUUGUUGAAGAACAUUUUGAAUUGUUUGUGUUUGAACCAGUUUCUCAGCCAACUGUGACAGUUGUUGAUAACUGUUCAACUCCAAACAUCAUACUGAGCUGUCUGGUCUCCUCCGGAACUGAUGUCACAUUUCACUGGAGAAAGCAGCAUGGAGCCACUGAUAUAUUCAAUGGAUCAGAACUAGUGAUCAAUAGAGGUACUGAUGGAGGACAGCAUACGUAUAUAUGUCUAGCAGAGAACACAGUCAGUAAUGCAACCAGUGAUCCAGUGAAGACCAACAAAUGUAGUGAAGGUACUUUGCUGUGGAUGAUAUCAUUUGCUCUGAUGCCAGUGGUGUUUAUUGCUCGGAUUUCAAUGAAUUCUAUAAAAAGCGGUAGAGAAUCUCGGGAACUUAAUGAAGAAGUUGUCUUCACAAAUGAACUAAUUCAGCCUACAUAUGUUACCACAAUGGAACCAGCAGAAGUGUCUACCCAUUCCUUUAAAAACCCAAUUUACAUGAUUCAAUAAUCUGCAGCUUUUGAUUGUUAGGAAAUUGAGAAGAUUCAGAAUCUGCCACACCAGAUGAUGCUUCUACACUCCGUAUUGAUUCACCUAGCAAUUUCUCAUGCUUUUAAACUCAUCAGGGCUCCGUUCCCAAACUCAUUGGAGCCAAGUUCCCAGACUUCUUAUAAUCUCAGUUGGACACAUUCCCAUCCUUCUUUAAUAACCAGUGCCUGUUCCUGUGCUUAUUAAAGACAAUUUGUGCCCAUGUUUCUGGUCUCCCUUCAAACUCUCUUGGGACUCAACUCCACAUUUCCUCUAAAUUUACUGGGUUUUUGUCAGGAUCAGAAUCAGGUUUAUUAAUACCAGCAUAUAACCAUUACAACACGGAAACAGGCCAUCUCAGAAUAAGAAGAUUGACAAUCAUUGAACAGUAGAGCAAAGGACUGAUCCUUUGGCACAUCAUGUCUCUGUCAAACCUGAUUCCAAAUUAAAUUUCUCUCCCUCUAUUCCCUGCAAAUUCAUGUGCCUGUUUUAGUGUUGGCUAGAAAUAAUUAAAACCUGCAAAUCAGCAAGCUGGAAUGAUCAAGAGAGAGUGGAAUUAGACAAACCAAAUGUCCUUGAUUUUGCCAUAUGGUCAAAGGAUUGAGGUUGCCAUCUUGCAAGGCUGUUCUUCCAGCCACCAUUUUGUGAACUGAUUCUUACUCAGGGAUGGCUUGAUUAGAGCGAUUGAAAGUGGACACAUUGAUGUCCUUGCUAAUGAUCUUCAAAAACUUACUUCCUUUCCAAAUAAGAAGCUGUUUACUUGGUUGGUAGAAAUGGCAAGCUUUAGAAACAACAGCCUGUGACCUAAAGCACCUCUGCUCAGUGUUUGCAUGGUCUGAGUAAACUGGUUUAAAUUGCUCUGAUUUAGAAAGAACAAAGGAAGUGACAUGAGGCAUAAUUCCAGUGGAAGUGCAAUAAAGUUAUACUGCUCUUGGUCUGGGGCUGUAUCCAAUGAGGAGCAGACGCAGGCUAGUCAGAAGACCCUGAUCCAAGGUGAUAUACAACUCUUCGAUAUGAAAAGAAAGAGGGUAAUGAUGGAGGAUUUCAGAAGUAGAAGCAGCAAAAAAACUCCGAGAUCAAUCUUUGCAGAAGUGGAUGACCCAAUGUCGGAAAUGCAGAGAUUGCAUUGGCAUCAAGAGGAAAGCCUAGCCAGCAUAAACUCAUUUUGGAGGAGAGUACACAAUCAAUAGUUCCUAAUCGGGCAUCCUGGUGAGUCCUUGUGAAGGGUCUGGGUCCGAAACAUCAACUGUUUAUUGCCCUCCACAGAUGCUGCCUGACUUGUAGAAUUCGAUCAGCAUUUCAUGUGUGUUGCUGAAGGUUUCCAAAUUCUGCAGAAUCCUUUGUGUCUAUAAACUCCUUUUCCUGGGUAUUAACAGUUCUAUUGUUUGACUGUUCAGGGAGGGCCAGGGAAACCUGUUGGAUGUGUGCAUGAAUGUUUAGUUUUGUAUGACUUGUUUGUUUUGAAUUGAAUCAAUAAAGGUAAAUGUCAGUUGA